ACCAGAGUUCUCAUGAYGUCUCCAAAAGCAGAAGAUCUACAAGGUGCUCUGCCAAGAAAAAUUCACAAAUUGAGCAGGAUUCUGAAGAAAAUGACACCAAAGGAGAGCCAACAAGAAAGUCAACCAGAGGCAAGAAAGGAGACUUGACUGCUGAACAUAUUGACAGCCAUCAAGCAGCUCCAAAGCACCAAAAUCGUCAAAAUUCACAAAUUGAACAGGAUUCUGAAGAGAAUGACACCAAAGAAGAGCCAACAAGAAAGUCAACCAGAGGCAAGAAAGGAGACUUGACUGCUGAACAUAUUGACAGCCAUCAAGCAGCUCCAAAGACUAAAGUUUCAAGAAAGUCAAUUUUAAAACGGGCAACUUCAAACACAUCAACCAUGGUGUCCUCGGAAUCUGAUCAUCAAUCAUCCAAUCAGAAUGAAGACAGCUCAGCCAGGUCAUUAACACAGACAUCUAACAGGAAAUCCAUUCGCUUUUCACAAGCCAUUGACACAGACACAUCAAAAGCCAGUGAUCAMGAUGUUGAGCAUUUAACAGAAGACUUGGGGCAAAGUCUCAAUACAUCAAAGAAAAGCAGACAAUCUGUGAGAGGGAAAACAUCAAAUGUCGAAACCCUUGAUGAGAUUCAUGAUGAAAAUACUCUUGACAUCUCAAUGAAAGCCCUUACAUCUACAAGAAACAACAUAGAGCUUCCAGACAAGACAACCCUUGAUUGUAGCACAAUGUCAACAAGAUCCACCAGAUCAUCAAGUAGAGGCAAGCAUAAUAACACUACAAUAGGCAGUACAAGAGAAAGACGGUCCAUGAAGGCAAGCCAGUCUUCUCUUGCUUCAGAAAGAGAGACUGUUGAUCACGAACAGUCAACUAAAGAUGGUAAUAAUUUAACAACUCAGAGUUCUACAAGCAUGACAGCAGGUGCUAAAAAUAAUGAUGAUGAUGAUGAUGAUAAUGGCAGCUGUGAUCAUGUGGAUGAUGAUAGGAGUAGUGAUGAUGAUGAAGGUGUUGAUAAUGAUGAUAGCCAAGAUGAUCUCAAUAAUGAUGAAUGCGUUGAAGCUGAUGAUGUUGUUGAUGAUGGUG